AUGGACUACCCAAUGGGCGAUUCGAUGGCCAUCAGGCCGGCGGGCGUGGCUGCGUUCCCGGGGUGCGGGAGCGGGCCGGUUUACCAAGCGUCGGCCCGGCCCGCGGCAUCCGCGUCGCUUGAGGCGUUUCCUGCGCGCGGGGACCGCCUGCAGAAGCUGACUGAUCGCACGGCGGCGAAGGAAUCGCUGUAUGCCCUCGGGGAGGCGGGUGACAACCUGCAGGGCGUGGCGGGCAAGGGCAUCGAGCACGGCGAUAAUCUCCUCAUGCCGCUGGGGAGCGCGUUCGCGGAGGCGUUCGCUGCUGACCAAAAAGACGUCAGAAUCUUCGCUCCGCCCGACGGCGCCGUGUUCGGGGCGGUCGACGGGACCGCGGGCCCGGGCGCGCUGAGCCUCUGCACCGGCGCGGGGGCCGAGCAGAUGGCCGCCGACGCUGAGAGCCCGGCGUCGAUAUCCGAGAACCACGAGAUGAUGGACAUCGACGAGGCGGUCGCCGUGGACGCCCAGGACGCUCGCAAGCCGCGUCAGAAGGGUGGCAGGAAAACACCAGGCUCAGGCGGCAAGGGACGCAAGGGAACCGCCCUCUCACGCAAAGCUGCACCGAGCGCGCUGGUGCUCCCCCGCAGUCCGGCCCUCCCCAACGUGGCCUCCUCCGCCCCAGGCACUCCAGCGGAGAAGGCCCUCGCCGGGCACGCCUCGCUCGUCGAGGCGGCCCCGCACCACAACGACAUCGACGACAUGACCUCCGGCUUCGGCGAGCCCGUGACCUUGGACUUCCUCAACGAGCCGCUGGGGGCGCACAGCGAGCACGGCGCGUUCGCCACCGCCGCGGAUGGCCCCCCGCGCAAGCGCCACCACCACUCGCUGCUGCUGGGGUACUCGGACGCCGCGCGCGACGACUCCGCGCGCCACCCGACCGUCUCCGGGCCGGCCUCGCUCAUGAUCCGGUCGCCGUCGCCGCGCGAGAACCCCGCGGCGGGCCACGUGGUGGACCUGUGGCGGCUGCACGGGAAGCAGGAGACCUCCGCGGCCGCCGCCGCCGUGCCCGCGCCCGCCGCGUCCAUGCCCGCGGGGACCGCCGCGGCGCCGCGCGUGCGCGCCAGCCACCGCCGCGUCCUCGGCGCGGCGUCGGCGGGCACGACGCCAGCCAGCCACCGCGAGGCGACCGCGCGCGGCGCCGCACGCGCCGCGCCGCGCAGGGCGUGCGGUCGCUCGUCGCGCAGCUCAACUCGGCCGCGCCGGGCACCGCGCGCACCGACAGCGCGGCGUCCUCGGGCGCGGGGGGCGCGGACAGCGCCGCCGUGGGGCCCAGCGCACCCGCGGCCGCGGCGCCCGCGCGCCCGCGCCGGCGACGGCGGCGCCGGCGACGCACGUGGGCGUCGGCACGCGCAGCAAGCCCGCGACGCGGCUGGCGGUGCGCGGCGCGGCGCUGAACGGCACCGCCGCGGCGCCGCCCCCCUGGAGCCCAUCGCGCCGCCCGCGCAGGCCAGCGCCGACGUGCGGCGCAAGGCGGUGUGCCACAACUGCGGCGCCACGUCGACGCCGCAGUGGCGCUGCGGCCCGGACGGCCCGCGCACGCUGUGCAACGCCUGCGGCGUACGGUUCAAGAAGGGACUCCCCCUCGACAAGUACCCCAACGUGCGCAACGUACGCCAGUGGUCCGUCUCGCGGCGCUGA